CGCCACCCCAGUAUUUGAACCCUUGAACACGGUGCUAUGGGGUAAACCAAACCUCGCACCAUAAUGUCGUCUGAAGACAUGUAUUUACUGUAUCGUGGACUGAUGGUUCCGAAGGAGACUCACUCUUUAGAGAGCUUGAAGUUUGCGGAGGACUUCACGUUUAAAGACAAUGACGUCGUGGCUGUUACGUACCCGAAGGCAGGUACAAUCUGGAUGCAGGAGAUCCUCCCACUGGUGCUGAAUGGAGGGGAUCUGAAACCGAUUCAAAGCAUUCCUAACUGGGACAGGGUGCCCUGGUUGGAGGAGAAAAGACUGUCAGUAGUUGUGGAUCAGUUGGCAUCUCCAAGGGCAAUGGUCACACAUUUUCCCUACCACUUAAUGCCCCCCUCCUUCCACACUUCUAAAGCCAAGGUGAUCUAUGUUAUGAGGAACCCGAAGGACAUCAUGGUGUCUUCGUACUUCUUCCAUCAGAUGGCAGUUUUCCUUGAAGACCCUGGAACCUUUGAUGAGUUCAUGGAAAAAUUCCUGGAGGGCAGAGUGAUGUUUGGAAAAUGGACUGAUCAUGUGAAAGGUUGGAGACACACAGAUCUGGGAGACAGAAUAAUGUACAUCACAUAUGAAGAAAUGGUUCAGGACCUUCCUGCAGCUCUAAGACGUAUUUCAGAUUUCCUGGAUCGUAAUCUUAGUGAAGAAGCCAUUCAGAAGAUAGCAGAGUACUGCUCUUUCAAGACCAUGAAGUCCAACAACAUGUCCAACUUCAGCCUGGUCCCUAAAAUAUACAUGGACUCAGACAAGUCUCCGUUCCUCAGGAAAGGUGUUGCUGGAGACUGGAAGAACCAUUUCAGCUCGGAGCAACUGGCCCGAUUCACAUCAGUCAUUCGCCAAGAGCUGGAGGGUGAGAGCUUCUCGCUGCCAUGGAGCCUGGACUGACUAACAACUGUAGGAAAGGCAGACAGAGAGUUGAAGCAGGAGUAUAUAGCAGAAGUAGCCAUAGCCAAGUUGGAAACAUAACAACAUCAAUCAUUUGGAUUCCUCACAACUGCUUUUUGCACAUUAAUGUGCCAGUACCACAUAUAUUUAGUCAUCGGCCAAUAAACAUGAUUAAAACUACAAUGACGCAUUUGCUAGCUUGGAUAAUCUGAUUGUCUGACUCUUGUAGCCACACAGUGAAUUCUUUUCUAUUAAUUACUUUUUUUUUUACCCAAUAAUUUCAUAUAAUGCUUACUGGUCAGUUAUAUGAUAUAAUAGCCAUGGUAUUACUAUUUUGUGUCCAUGAUAUACAUGUAAUUACCUAUUUGAGUAAAUGAGGGAACAAACUAAUUUAUUAUUGGCUUGUAAUGAUUUGUUUAUUUUUUAUCAAACUUUUAAUCUUUUAUACAUCUGUUCAAUUCUAAGUUGGUUUAAUCAUGUACAUUUUAGCCUUCACUGAGGGUCUUUUUUUACUCAACUCGUACUACAUUGUAUUAGUAGCAUUGUACAUGUAGGCUAUCUUCUUGUUGAGAUCAUCCAAAGUUACAGCAGCUUAGUUUCUGUAUAAGCUCCAAAUGGCGGAACAGGAGUCAACAUUUUGUAGAUGUUACACUGUUGGUUAGAUAUUGUGAUUAAAGGAU